AUGGAUAGGCUCAAAGGAAUCUGAGUUGACAGGAAAGUUGAACUUGGCAUGAAGAACGCCGUUGAUAAAAUCGCUAGAUCAGAGGAAUUUUAUAAGAAAAGAGUUGAGAUUAAAGAAGCUAAUAAGAAGAACAAGAUUCUCAAGUAUUUACGCCAGAAAACUAUUGAGAAGGAAAAUGACCAAAGGAAAAAGAAAGCAACAAAUGAAGUUUCUGGGGAUGACUCCAAGCAUAUAUCAGGGAUCGAUAAUGCUAACAUUGAGACUCUAGAGGAUAAUGAGCGUAGAGACCAGAACGUUCAUAACUCUCUUUAUCAGGAACGUCGGAAAUUUAGGUAUUAUUACAAUGUCCUCAGUAUUUUUGUACAAGGGUUGAUCAGCCUCUUUGCUAUUUUCGUGUUCUUUUACUCACUUUAUGUCAAGGAGGACUCAAGCCCGAUAUCUCAGAAGGACAACUUAUACAUUAUGGAGGUGAUCAUAUCAUUCCUGAUUCUUGGUGACCUUUUAAACUCAUUAAUUUUGAAAAAGGAGAAAUGGAAGUUCUUUAAGAGUAUCAUUAACUGGACGGAUUUUGGAACAUCAGUUCCUAUUAUAAUAACCUUCAUGAUCAAUAGGGAGUCUACUUAUUACAGUAAUUUGUUCUAUAACUUUUGGCAAGUGUGGCGCAAUCUCAGGUUUUUCAGAAUUUACAAAAUUGUCCAGAAAAUUGGAAAUAUUAAUGAUUUUAAAUAUUUAGCGAGUAUUUCCUUGGCAAAUGACAAGGAGAUCAAGUUCAGAUUUGCUAAUAUUAUCUUCCAUAUUUUGUCAUUUGUUAUCUUGUCUGCCAGCCUGAUGAUGACAUUUCAAGAGCUGGCGAUAGAGGUAUUCGAAAUAGGGAUCACCUACGAAACAGACUUUACCUUUGAUGCAGCCUUGUAUUAUGUUAUCAUCACUAUUACAACAGUUGGGUAUGGAGAUAUGUCUCCUAAGACAUCAUUCGCUAGGAUUAUUAUUUGCUUUUUCUUUAUUAUAGCGAUUAUUUUCAUAACCAAGCAGACCUCUGAGUUAUCAGACCUGCUGAAUCAGAACAACCUGGCUUAUAGGAUGGCAGUCAAGGGUAAAGGAGUCAAGCAUGUGAUUUUGACAAGCUCCUCGCUGAACUUGCUGAAGCUGUUUAGGUUUGUCAGAGAGUUCUUUCACAAGGACCAUGAUAUCCAGGAGAGUAUCAAAGCAGUUAUUAUAUGCAAUACAGCUCCCAAUUAUGACAUGAUCCAGGCUCUUUCUGACUUUGAAGAUAAUAUUCAUUUUAUAGUUGGCUCUAUCUUUGAAAAGGACACUUUGGUUAAAGCCGAUGUUGCUCAUGCCAAGGCUGCCUUUAUUAUAUCGAACCAGUAUGAUGAUUCAAGCAUGAAAUGAGAUACAUACGCACUUAUGGCUACUAAAGUUCUGAGGCUCCAUAACCGGAAUCUUAAGAUUAACGUUCAGCUAGUGAAGAAGGACAACCUGAUCCAUUCUUGGUGCAAUUGGGACAAUGUUUACUCCUUGGAUGAGUUUAAGAUGGGGAUUCUGGCUGCUAAUGCAUUCAAUCCAGGUUUUUGCCCAUUUGUGCUAAAUCUUCUGUCAAGUUUUGGGAAGCUCCAGAAUGCAUCCAAGAACAUGUUGUGGCUGACUGAGUAUGCCCACGGGCUUGAAUAUGAGAUUUAUUGCAUCAAAAUCCCCAAUAGCUACCUGACUUGACCAUUCGCUUUCUUGGUAAGAAUGGGGUACUUCGGGAAUGGAUCUCUAAUAAUCGGCAUCAGGAGACGUAAACCUGGUUGCAAGUUUGAACUUUAUGAUAUCAUGAUAAAUCCUAUAAAUUAUGAGAUCAGGAACGAUGACGAGGCUAUUAUCAUUGCUACAGACUUCAACCAUGCUCAAAGAUUCGAGGAUAAGAGCAAUAAGACAGAGACACAGAUUGAAGAGAUCAAGCUUAGAAAUGGCCUUGAAUUUAUACGGAAUUACGACUACGAUGUUAAAUCACGCAGAAAUCGGGACAACUCAAACUUUAGAGAUAACAGUAAUUGUAUUGAGAGUGAGAAAAUUAUUGAAAAAUUUUCAGAUUUCCUGGAAGAAACUACAAUGAUGAGAGACCACAUCAUCGUGUUUGGGCCACUGGAGUCAUUCUCUUCACUGGUUGAAUGACUCCGGCACUUUACUUAUAAUUAUAUAUGCUAUGUGAGCGAUAUUCCUAAGCCUGAGAAAUGGAGCCAUAUAGAAUCAAAAUACCAGAAUGUUAAGUACAUCGAAUGUGUGUACUCAGAUAAAAAUGAAUUGCAAAGAACAGGAAUCGAGCAUGCGAGACAUGUCAUUCUUCUCUCAUGGAUGCUUGAGAAGUCAAAUCAUCCAGAUUCAGGAAUAUUACAGAUCAUUCAAAUGAUUGAGCAGUAUUACCCUAAUGUUCCGUACACAAUAGAGCUUGAAGAUGAGAAUAAUUUGAAGUAUAUGUCUAAGGCCUCUGAGGCUAAUAAGCUGCCACUGAAUUGUAACAGUAAAUACGCUGCUGGGAAAGUGCUGUAUAGCUCAACAUUAGAUUCAAUCAUUGCUCAAUCCUACUAUAAUGACACACUGCUUGAGGUACUGGAUAAGCUAAUCUUUGGAGACAGUGAUACUAAUGAGACUAAGAUAGAGGAAAAUUCACGGCUGAACAUGAUCAGGAUCACUGAAGAAAUUGGAGGAAUGGCCACUUACGAGAACUUCUUCUACACUUGUACCCAGAUGUCUCAGGAUUCGAAGAACAACAACAAGCCUGUGAUUCCUAUUGCCAUCUAUCGGGCUCCAAAUAAGAGCAUUUUGGGGAAUGAAGCACCGUACAUGAUCACUAAUCCUGAGAAAGGCACCCUACUGCUGACAGGGGACAUCGUCUUCGUACUGGGAGAUGUGGAACACAACAUAGAGAAACGGAACGAAGAGCUUCGUAAAGGAGUCCUUAAAGGAGACCUUAGCAUCGGUGAAGGCAUAAAAUACCAAACUAUGGAGCUGACGAAAGAGAAACUCGAACAACUUGACGAUGACAAGAUCCUUAAAAUCGUCCAACAAGAGCUUGCUGGAACUGAGAAAGAGAGAAAAAGAGCCAAAUACAAGGCGAAAAAAGAGCAAGCCAAACAGCAAAGAAGCCCUAAAGAUUUAGAGAUUGUUUCUGAAGAAGACAAGGAGAAGUUUCAUGAGACCCAAAAAGAGAUACAUAAGAAAGCGUCAAGCUACAAGCGUCCUAAGGAAGAAAGAAAGGAGACUCCUCGCUCAGUCUCCUCUUCGGAGAGAAGCUUUAAAGAUCAGCAAUACUCUGGCGAUGAAAGUAGCCAGACUGAUGGCAAAAAGCUUGACAAGUUCGAGGCAGAUCCUGAAGAGACCAAGGUAGCAAAGAAUAAUGCUGAAGUGAGUUCUGCUGCUCCCAGCACUGUGAAACAAAAUUAUCAUAUGACUAAAGCUGUGAAAGAGUGCGAACAAGAGCCUAAAAUAGUGGCAAAGGAAGCUUCUCCUGAAAGACAUGUUGAGCCUUCAGUGAGUAUUCAUGAUGAGAAUGGUGCCUCGCAAGCUCAGGAACAAGCUAAAAGAGAUGGUGAAUUUUCAAGGGAAGAGGAGUCUGAUGAAGACGACUUCAUUAUCAAGCCAAGUAGGAAAGUGUUUUAA